AUGUCGUCCGAUACCCGGCUACCCCUUGACAAGGACAAGUUAAAAAAGAAGUUUGAUGUGUCCAAUUUCAGCAUCAAUGCCAUCAUCCGGGGCAUGCAGCUGACGCUGGUCGGCGCUCACCGAGCCCUCCAAAGUCGCCGGAUGUUUACCUCGAAGCACUACAAGCAAGCCGCCAUCGCCGUUGCUGUGGGCAUUGCCAUCCGCCUUCUGAUUGCCCUCCCCAUAUUUGGCAUCAAAGUGCUAUUAUGGUUCCUGUCUCUCGUCUUCCCCCUCGACCGGGUAUCCUGGGACGACUCGCUUGUCAACGGCCUCAGCUUCAUCGAAGAACAUGUCCUCCAAGCCCCGCUAUUCUUCAUGAGCCUGAUGCGCUACAUCACACCAACACUCGAUGAGCUCGAGAUCGACGUGGCGUACGUGCGGAAACACCAGGGCGACGGAGCCCAGUCGUCGCUGCGGGCCACGUACUCCUUGAAUUUACGCAAGUACCGGGUGACGGACGGGCGCACCAACUCGACAAGCGCGGCCGAGUCGGCCACGCUGUUCCUGUACCGCUUCGCACGCCGCAGCGCCCUGUCGCUGGCCGUCUUCGCCGCCUCCUACAUCCCCUACGUCGGCCGCCUCGUGCUGCCCGCGGCGAGUUUUUGGACCUUUAAUAAGGCCGUGGGGCUGGGGCCGGCCAGCGUGAUUUUUGGGGGUGGUCUGUUUUUGCCGAGGCGGUAUUUGGUGAUUUUCUUGCAGAGUUAUUUUGGGUCGAGGAGCCUGAUGCGGGAGCUGCUGGAGCCGUAUUUUGCGAGGAUCAAAUUUACGCCCAAGGAGAAGAGGAAGUGGUUCCGGAGCCGGGAGGGGGUGCUGUUUGGGUUUGGGAUCGCGUUUUUUGUGCUGCUGCGGGUGCCUCUGUUGGGGGUACUUAUUUAUGGCAUUGCCGAAGCGAGUACCGCGUAUCUCAUCACCAAAGUGACCGACCCGCCGCCGUCGCCAGAUUUUAGCGAAGGGUUCGCCCAGAGCCAGACCGAGUGGAGGAACAAGCACAAGUUUCUCAGUCUCUCUCUCCUCGACAUGCUACACGACAAGCCGCCGCCGUAUGCAGAGGUUGAUCCGCACCCUAUGGCUGCUCCGCAGUAG